UUGAAAGAUGGUGCGGACAGCAUCCUGGGUUCUGAAGAAGCAUUUUGAGGGCUUCCCUAAACUAAGUGAUUUUGAGCUCAAAGAGGCAGAAUUACCAGCACUGAACAACGGAGAUGUGCUGCUUGAAUCUGUGUUCUUCAGUGUUGACCCCUACAUGAGACCCUACAGCAAGAGGAUGAAGGAAGGCGAUGUAAUGUUAGGAAGCCAAGUGGCAAGGGUUGUGGAAAGCAGGGAUCCUGCAUAUCCUGUAGGGACUUUUGUUGUGUCUGCUGCAGGCUGGACGACUCGCUUUGUCUCCAAUGGCAAAGAUUUACAGCGAAUGAUCCCUGACUGGCCAAAUGAGCUUCCUAGAUCUCUGGCUCUUGGAACAAUCGGCAUGCCUGGGCUUACUGCAUAUUUUGGCCUUCUUGAGGUUUGCAAGCUUAGACCAGGGGAGACUGUACUGAUCAACUCAGCAGCUGGUGCCGUGGGCAGCGUGGUUGGGCAAAUUGCCAAAACAGCAGGUUGCAAAGUGGUUGGUAGCGCAGGUUCGGAUAAAAAAGUGGCCUAUCUAAAAAAUCUUGGCUUUGACGUUGCCUUUAAUUACAAGACUGUGCGUUCCCUGGCAGAGACUCUGAAAGAAGCAUCUCCUGAUGGCUACGACUGCUACUUUGAUAAUGUGGGAGGUGCGUUUAGUAGCGUUGCUAUGGAGCAGAUGAAGAAAUUUGGGAGAAUUGCACUGUGUGGGGCUAUUUCGUUGUACAAUGACAAGGAGCCUCAACAAGGACCUUAUCUCCAGCUUAGUAUGAUCCUUAAAGAGCUCUGCAUGGAAGGCUUCCUGGUAACACGGUGGGAAAACCGGAAGGAAGAAGGUCUGAAAGCUCUAUUGAAAUGGGUCAUGGAGGGAAAAAUUAAGUGGCACGAACACAUCACAGAAGGAUUUGAGAACAUGCCGGCAGCAUUCUUAGGAAUGCUAAAGGGAGACAACAUUGGCAAGGCAGUCAUAAAAGUGUAAAAAGCACA